CGUGUGGUCGCAAUCGACGAUGCUCUUUCUCCUUGUCGGCCCAGCCACCUCACCCAACUCAAACAACGCAGCAGUUGAUUUCCAUCUUCAGUACGACGAGCAUUUAGCUCGAUUCCUCAAGAAAGCACUCUUCAAUUCGCCCGCGACAUGCUGCAGAUCCAUGUAAUUUUCCAUCUGGUGCGGAUUGCGGUCUCGAUCGCCCUCCUGCCGUUGGACAACACCAUUCUUUUGGCCUCCUACGCUGCCGGGUAUGUCCCCGGCGACAUUUCACAAUCCUCCAGCCACGAACGCCGACGCCAGAAAAUCCUACGAGAUGAGCACUUCCGUCCGAAAACAGUCCUCGUUACUGGGGUCAAUACCCCGCAUGGGCUAGCUGUGGCCCGGGGUUGGUACUACGCGGGCCACCGAGUGGUCGGGGCCAACGUCACCGAGAGCGUCAUCGCCCCUGGCGAAGGCAUGUCCAAGACGCUGGCGGCCUUCUACCACGUUCCCAAGACCAAGUACAGUGCACGGCUACUCGACAUCAUCCAGAAAGAGAAAGUGGAGAUCUGGAUCCCGUGCGCGAACGAGGCCUCGGCCCUCGACGAUGCGUCGGCCAAACAGGUGAUCGAGAGCCGGACCCAUUGCAAAUGCAUCACCCUGGACACCGGCCUGGCCGAAAUCUUCGGCAACCAAGAAAAUUUCAACCAGUAUCUCGUUGAGAAGCGGCUCCCCGUGGUGGAAAAACACCAGGUUCUGUCACGAGAUGCCAUCCACAAGAUUUUGCAUCGGUCGCCGUCCAAGAUUUAUCAGAUGCGGAGGCACUCUCCCACUCCCGGCGACGAUAAGGUCGUCUUGCUGCCGAAGCGAACUCUCAGUCUGACUUAUUCCGAGGUUAGUGAGAUCCAGAUCUCUAAAGAACGGCCAUGGAUACUACAACAACAGACGCGACUGGGCCGGUUUGUUGCAGAGGUCAUGGUCAUCUGCGGCCAUGUCAAGGCGAUCAAGAUUUAUCCUGGCGACAAGGAGUCCGAUUGGGGACACUCGCGUCUGGACAAGGGGCUCGCGAGGGCGACGCAUGCGCUCAUGGAACGCUUCGCACUCCAAGGUGGACCCCGACUGACCGGUCACCUACGCCUCCAACUGACGGUGGACGAGGAGUUUACCGACAAUAUUCUCCGCUAUGCGAUUCACAUCGAGGGCUGCGAGCAAGGCGCCGCGGCUGUGAAGUUUCUUCUGGAAGAUAAGCACGAUUCACUGGUCGCGGAGUACCUGGAUGUGCUCGCGCCACACAUCAACGGCGUUUCUGGCGAAGUGCCCGCUAUAGACAUCGCAUCCAUCGACACGGAAAUCUCUACCCCGCCUCCUGAGAAUUUCAGUCUCUGCCAGGUGGUCCGCAGUUGCGAUGUUCGGAGGGUGCUUCCGGCACUUUACCCUGCCAUCGAGCAGAUCGAUCGCAGCCUGCACGAAGGCAGCAGACUGCUCCUGUUCUGGAAGAACUGGCGGUUCUCCGCCAUUGACCCAUUGCCGUGGUGGUGGCAUACGCAUAUCUACCAGCCCCUGAAAGAGAUCGAAAUGAUCAUGAACGCGACCAAUGGCAAGUCGACAUAAUGUGCUCGCCUCCUUGGCGAUUUAACGACUCUCCUUUGUUUCCAGAUUAUUUUCCUGUGUAUUUUCAUCCACUUACUCUCCUAUUUUUGUACUCCUCUCCUU